AAUUGCAUCAGAAAGAAGAUUACAGAGUUCCAGGAUUCUCAAAAGUUGAUGGCUCUUAUGGUUGCCAGCAACGAUGUCCACAACAGGAUACUAUUUUGCUUUCGAAAUCUGACUUCUGUUGCCAAUGACGAGUGCAAAUCCAGUGAGAUGUCAUUGUUACUGGCCAGACCUGAUUCUACAAUCAGCAUGGUGAUAGGCACGGAGAUCGGGCAAACUGUAGGAUAUGGAGAAGUGAAACCGGCAUCCCAGGCGCUGAAUCACAAGCUAGUCGGAAAAGACUUGGUGCGAUUGGCACUUUUAGCAAAGAACGCCAUUGAUACGUAUCGUAGCAAAUUUGUCCUGUCGUUUCUUGUCGUUGGACAUCACGCAACAUUCUAUUUGACUGAUGGUACAUGGAAUGGCUUCUAUCCAAUGGUCGAAAUUGCCCAUAUUCAAUUGCCAAUGUCUUUGAAAGAACUUCCACUUUUCAUCGCACAAGCCGACCAAUUGACAAUCGUUUCCUCAGCCUUCUGGAGCUUGUGUGUCGACCAGAAAACGGAUCAACAAUCAUCACUUAUGCCAGCCCUUUCCGACAAUGAAAUAGCAACAAUUAUGGAUAUCCACACCAACCGCAAAAGAAAAGCAAGUACCAGUCACCAAAAUCAUUGA